AUGAUAAUUUUAUCUUUAGUGGCUUCUUCGAGGCCGACUGCAUUAAAAUAUAUUGCAUCCCGACGCUCGCCAUGUUGCGGUCUAUGUAUUCAAAGUGCUCCGCAACAGUUUGUGUUAUUCGAAAUUGUAAACUCUCAGCAUCAAUUCGAAAUUUGUCCAAAUGGGAUACAAUUGCAACUUCAGACACUCCACGUAAGCUCAUUUUGUCGCUUGUCUAAGCCUAAAGUUCGUGAGGAUCAGGUUCCAAAACAGACGGAUGUGCUGAUUGUGGGUGGUGGUGUGAUCGGUUGGGCUGUGGCAUUUUGGCUACGAUGGACCUCCAAGUUCUCCGUUACUGUCGUCGAACGUGAUCCAACCUACGCUUGUUCGGCUUCCGUACUCGGAUUAGGCUCAAUAAGGCAGCAGUUUUCUGAGCCCGAAAAUAUACAAAUGUCGCUUUUUUCUAGCGAAUUUCUGCGAAAUGUUAAAGAUUAUCUGACUGUUUUGGAUAAUACGCAGUUGGAUAUCGAUUUCAACCCGCAAGGUUGUCUUAUUCUAGCCAACGAAAGUCAAGCGGAGACAUUAAAACAAAACUUUCAACUCCAGUCGGAUCUCGGUGCGAAAGUAGAGCUUUUGGAUAGGUCAAUGCUCAGCUCGCGUUGGCCUUGGUUGAAUGUGGACGAUGUCGAAUUGGGUUGCUAUGGUAAAUGCAUACUGAGCGCUUGA